AUGGCCGAAGUCAAAACCCCACCCAUCCGCGAUCUCCUCGAGGUAUUCGAAGACGAGGAAAACAACCUCACCUUCAUGAAGAACGUCUCCAUCCCCCUCAAGGCCUCCUCGCUGCCCAUCCGCGCAAACGUCUACCUCCCCAAGUCCGCAGACAAGAACGCCCGCUGGCCCGUCCUCGUCACCUACGGGCCCUAUGGCAAGGAUAUCCCCUACGCGACCUUCUACGCCGGCUCCUUCGACGAGGUCCCGGAGGACCACCGCUCCAAGUACUCGGCCUGGGAGACGCCUGAUCCCGUAUACUGGACCCGUGAGGGCUAUGCCAUCGUGCGUGCGGAUGAGCGCGGUCUCGGUCAGAGCCCCGGCCUGCUCGAUACCAUGAGCCGCGGCACCAGCGAGUGCUUCUUCGACGUUGUCGAGUGGGCCGCCGAGCAGCCCUGGUCCUCGGGCAAGGUCGGCUUGCUGGGCAUCUCAUACUACGCCGGCUCGCAGUGGCGCGUGGCCGCUCGCAAGCCCAAGGGCCUGGCCGCCAUCAUCCCCUGGGAGGGCAUGUCUGACUACUACCGCGACCGCUGCCGCCACGGUGGCAUCUUGUCUAACAACUUCAUCGGCUUCUGGUGGAACCGCCAAGUGCUCGUUAAUCAGUAUGGCAAGGGAGGCCGCUCCAAGCUGCAAUUCCCUCCAGACGGCCCCGGCGCUCGUGGCCAGGAGGACACUAUCGAGGGCGACCUGCCCGAGGAGGUACUUAUACGAAACCGCAAGGACCAGACGCUGGACAACGUCAACAACAAGUUCCGCGAUGAAGAUUACUACUCGAGCAAGGAGUACAACCUCGAGGACAUCGAGGUGCCCAUGCUGAGUGUCGCCAACUGGGGUGGCAUCUUGUUGCACCUCCGAGGAAACGUCGAGGGCUACACCCACGCCAGCUCCAAGUUCAAGUAUCUCCGAUUCAUCACCGGCCGACAUGACCUGCCGUUCUACUACCCCCAAGAAGUCGAGGUCCAGAAGAGCUUCUUCAACGCAUUUCUCAAGGACCAGGACGACUACGGCUGGAGCGUCCCCGGUAAGGUCGCCCCCGUCACCUUGACGCUGAGGAAGGGCAAUGUCGGCUUCAACGAUGCCGAAGCGGAGAAGGCGUACCAGAAGCGAGAAGAAGAGGCCUGGCCCAUCCCUCGCACUCAAUAUACCAAGUGGUACCUGACGCCCGACCAGGUCUUCACGCCCAGCCAACCUACUACCGUGUCCAAGGCUGUUUCUUAUCCGGCCCUGGGUAACCUGAAGGACCCUAAGUUGGUGCAAUUCACCAGCGCUCCCUUCGAGGAGGAGACCGAAGUGACUGGGCAUGUCACGGCCCACCUCAACGUUUCAGUGACGCCCGAUAACUCUGGCGAGACCGACAUUGACUUGUUUGUGACUCUCCGCCACAUCGACCCUGCUGGAAAGGAGGUCCUAUACACAGGAACAGCUGGUGACCCCAUUCCCUUGUGCAAGGGAUGGCUGCGGGUGAGCAACCGCAAGGUCUACGAAGACCACCCCAAGCAUCGCUCAUACCGCCCCCACCGAGAGUACCUUGCCGCCGAUGUGCAACCCGUCAAGGCGGGAGAGGUCUACGCCGUCGAUGUCGAGAUCUGGCCGACUAACGUCGUUGUUGAGAAGGGUGGAAAGCUGGUGUUUGAGGUGAGCAGUGGAGACACCCAGGGAAGCGGCAUCUUCCAACACAACUCGGACGUCGACAGACCGGCCUCCAAGUUCGCCGGAAUCAACAGCAUCCACUUUGGUGAGGGUCAGGAUAACUAUGUGACGCUUCCCAUAAUCCCGCCCAAAUAG